GGAUUUGCAGUGAUAUCCUCUAAACCAUGUAUGAGUCUCGGUACUACGAGCCCCCUGUGUACAGCCCGCCUUACAGCACUCACUCCCACAGCUUCUAUCCCCCAAGGAGCGUCCACUCACCCCAGAGCCAUUAUGUCCCCUACACCUACAAUGUCCCUCCGGGCUCCAACUACAUUGAGGAGAAGCCUCAACACUUCUACCGCUGGUUUUCUCCCCCUGGUUUCGUCAAAACCUUCCAAGCAGCUACAGUCCUCAUGUGUUUCAUCAUCUUUGCCUGCGUGGCUUCCACCUUGGUGUGGGACAUUAAUGGAUUUGGGUACGGGGGCUACGGUGUCGGGGCUACGGGGAGUAUCGCGGGGAUGGAGUCGGGAUAUUAUGGAGGCAGCUACGGCUACGGUAGCUCCUACAUGACGCCACAGUCUGCCAAGUCGGCCAUGAUUUCCAUGGCGGCCAUUAACUUCCUGGUUUCACUGGGCUUCCUGGUGGGGAGUUUCUCACAGUCACGGAUCAUGAGGGGAUGCAGGUUCUACCUCACCGUGUUCAUUUGUGAUAUCAUCUUAGCUGUCCUUCAGGGCAUCAUCGACAUCAUCUUUGUGAUCGGGGUGAACCCGAUGUCUCAGAGCUCACAGAGCAUGCUAUACAAUCCCAUGCUGAUGAUGUGCCAGAAUAUCCAGGGCAGUCCCAGCCUCAGCGGCAGCGUUGGGGCCGGUUUUCCAGGGGGGUUCCCCAUGUACAAUCAAUACCUGUACCACUACUGCUACAUGGAUCCCGAGGAGGCGGUUGCCUUAGUGUUGGGGCUGAUGGUGGUGUUAGCCCUGUCCCUGUCUGCUUACUACGCCUACAAGACCCGCAGCAAGAUUUGGCGCCAUGGCAAAGCUAACAUCUACUGGGACGAGUUUCUGCUCAGGUCGUCAGAGGGCCAGGAUGUACAGGACUGGGUGAACCAUGUGGGAGAGGCGCGCAGCACCCAGCAGGCACCAACUGUUGUCGUAUCAGAGAGAGCAGCACCUGACCUGAGGGCGGAGAACGGUGUGGUCUCCUACGGCAACGGAACCGUCAGCAUCCACAGUGAGGGGAAUUAUAAAAGCAACAGUUUCGCUGCUGACAACAGUAAUGGUCGGGGUGCUGAGCCUCUGUGCCAUGACAGCAUGGUCACACUUGGCUCCAACAGCUCCUCAGAGGAGACCGACAGCAUGAGGAAACCUCCUCCUUAUCACGUGGAGAAGGAACGGAGGAAGGGCCGAGAGCCCAGGCCUGCUGCUCGGGAAAGGAUGGAGUCCCCGUGUGAGACCGGUUACACCACCGGAGACACCGGCAAUGAGCUGGACCAGGACCACACAGACAACCUGUACAGGCUGUACCCAGAGAUAACGUCAGACGAGCGGCGCCGCCAGUACAAGAAGGAGUUUGACUUGGAUCUGGCCCGCUAUAAGAGCCUCUGCGCUGAAAUGGAUGACAUCAGCGACCAGAUGCACAAGCUGAGCCGAGAACUGGACAUGUUGGACGAGGGCUCCAUAAAGUACCAGGGUGUGGCAGACGAGUACAACCGACUCAAAGACCUGAAAAGGACGUCAGACUACAAAGCGAAGAAGAAGCAGUGCAAAGAACUUCGGGAAAAACUUUUCCACAUCAAACGUCUGGUGAAAGUCUUUGACCAAGAGGAUUCCAACAGCGGGACGUACAACAGUCUGCAGCUGCCGUUGUCGGAAAAACACACGUUACGUUUACUUGAAACUGCACGAAAAGCUGGUCAGUGGCCUGAGACCUGGCACCAGAACGACUGGGUUGGCAACAAGACAGAUCCAGCCCGGAGCUGGCUCGUCUCUCCACUGGAGGCCCGUGUGAGGACAGAGAGCUCGUUUCAUGAGGGGAAAUAG